AUGUCUUCACCACGUUAUGAUACAAAAUCUCAUGUUUCACACAUCGCUCAAUCUUAUACCGAUGUUAAGGGUGAACAAAAACACGAAUUAAAUGAUAAAUAUGUUCAACCUCUAAAAGAACCUUCUCCAAAUUUACCUUUUGAUCAGAAGUUGGCUAUUGAAAAAGAAAGUCAUAAACAAAAGGCUGAUCGUGAAAUUAAAGAAGCAGAUGAGGAAGUUUCUAUAAAUACCUUUGAUCAUAAUGAAAUAUCAAAAAAUAUUUUAAUUGGUUCUUUCAUUGGAGAUCAAAUGUCUGUAAUAUCAGGAUGGAAUCAACUUCGACCUUUAAUAGAAAUUUGUAAGAUAUUAGUGAAUCGUGGAUAUAAUGUGACAUUGAUCUCACCAGGAAAAUAUUCAUCGCCAUCAUCAGAUUACCCGAUAAUCCAUCAUAUUUCUUCGGGACCUUCAUUCGAUUUAAGUAAUAUACCGGAAUACCGAGAAAUCCUUUCAGAAGAAUAUAGUAUUAAAAUGUUUGGCAGUUUAAAAAAUUAUUUAAAUUCAAAAUAUUUAAAUGAUUUUAAUUUAUAUAAAAAAUUGGCUAACGAAACGAUUAAGGUUGAUUUGUUUUUUUGUGAUUUGUUCUUAAAUGAAGCAUGCAUUGACGUUGCUUGGUUAAUGAACAAACCCUUGGUCACCAUGUCAUCUAAAUUAUGUAAGUAA